UUCAAAGUUGUACAAUGUGGAGAUGGCUCAGAUUGGUGCGGUCGACGGCUGGCAGGGUUUUCCUAUGACUUGCAUGCUUCCUUUGACGUUGCUCGAGCCAGCCACUGUUCUUGCUGGAGCUUGCCAUCCCGCGUACUUGGAGUGGUACGCACGAUUUUCCCACCCGCAGGUCCUUAGCUCUGACGUUACAGCUUCACGAGGCCGUCCUUCUCGCUCCAACAUUGAUUAUUGGGUAAAUCGUUUCAGUUCCCUGAGCCAGAGAAAUCUCACGCGUAUCACUGCGGCUAGUGCGCCGUUUGCCAUUCCGGAGAUAGAUCAUAGCAUAUCUGAGUCGACCACUGACUUGGAGCGACUCAUUGCAGACUGGCGGCUGGCAGAUUGAGAUUAUUGUUUUUAGUACUCUAUUAUAUUAUGGUUUUUUUUAUUUUGUUUGUUGUACUACAUAUUAAGUGAUGUUUUUUAGUACUCUAUUAUGUUAUGUUUUUUUUU